AUGGAUCAAAUUGCGAGAGAUGUGCGACAACACAGAUCCGUCGACGAUAUGGAUGACAGAAUGUCGCUGAUCUCAUGCACGGAAACGCUGACCACACAAAUCUUCACCGACAGUCCGAACUACGACAAGUACCGAGACGGAGAUAUUGACUCUUGGACCGACUUGCUCUGGCCACAGCCAAAGUUGAUCUCGAUCAAGCAUCAUUCCACUCGCAACUUCGAGUUUCCUAAAGAUGGAAAGCUGAAAGUGUACUUCGAUGACUGUUCUAGUGCAAAUCCGCGACAAGUGAUGCAAAUCAUCGAACUCAGCAAGCCCCUUCUGACGUGCGUCGGAGUUGAUAUUGAAUAUAGAGGUGGCUUACUUUUUCUUCUAGUACUAAUCACAAAUCCAGAAACUAUUACAGGACACCGACUGGCCGAUCACGAAACCUCUGCACUGGAAGGAAAAGUAACGUGCGGAGUGUUCGAAGACGGCCGUCCUUCUGGAUCCUACACUCUCACUAUCGACGCCGUUCGAGGAGUCGAAGUUGUCGGAUCUGAUUACGCUGGAAUUAGGCAUGCGUUCGCUACUUUUGUGCAAAUUGUCAGACUUCAUAAAUACGCUCAACAAAAAAUGGCGGGACACAGUGGGCAACAGCUGCCAAACGGCGUGCCCAACGUUCCAAGCACUCCGAAUGGAAAUGCGAGUGGAGAUCACAGUUUCCUGAAUGGAAGUGGUGUUUCCAAGCAAUUACCGGAUAUCGGUCCAGACGGAACAAUCAAGGAACUCACCAUCAGAGAUCAGCCCGAUCGCUCAUUCAGAGCCGUUUAUCAAGACUUCUCUGGAUGCAGAAUCUUAAACCCGGAUACGGUAUGUUCAGGAAUUGAUCGAGUUUUUAUUAUCAAUCUAUUUUCAGGUUUUGAAACUGGCGACGCGUCUCUCUUCCUGCAAGGCCAACUACUUGUUCAUAAACUUUGAAGUGAGAACGACUGAUCGGUAUCAGCUGCCGUAUACGAAUCGCGAACUGUUCCACAUGAUGCAAGUUUGUCAAGAACUUUUCAUUACGGUAAUUUAGAAAUCAUGCCUGAAACUGAAGUUUUCUUUUAAGUUCGUGCCAUCAAUUGACACGCAAUCAAACUAUUUGGAAGGUGACCAAGCAAGAGUGAUUAUCGAUCAGUUCCUCGACGAUUUCCCGCUUUGCAAAGUAGUUCACUUCGGACCGAACCUUGCUAGUCUUCUCAUUUCGGAUCGGAAACGUAACUUCGUUCUCACAACUACUAUUCGACCAUCCUAUUAUUCCAGUGCUGACCUCUAUCCAGCGACGUGUCCCUCGCAUCUUCCUCUCGACCCAUGUUGAUGAGAAAAACAGCUCUCUCCUCUCGACGCUUCCGCCGUUCAUAACUCUGUGCGUCGAGGGAACAUGGCCGUUCGAUGUUGAAAAGUUCGUGUCUCCUCGCGUCUCGAUCGUCAUAAAAUUCUCAACUGGCGAUGAUGGAUAUCUGUGCGCUGCCCCGGAAUCGGUUGCCAAAAAGGCGUUGCUGGCUGCCAAGCUCAGUGACCGACAGACGGUUCUCGGUUCGAUGGUCUGCGAUCUUUCAACGGGAUGCGAAGCGAUGCCACCUUCGCUUUCUUACAUGUCAAUGCUCGCCUCUGUCGGCGUUGCUUACAAUAGCGCGACUGAUAUGAAGAAGUACGCCUUCCUUCUGCCAGUGGUGGCUGCUCAUCACAUGCUUCUCGACGGGUGAGAAAAGGUGCUCAAACUAUUAUCAUUUAUCUGUUUUAGUGACAUGGUCAGUCUGUUUGAGCAAGUACAAACACUCGGAAAAGUGGAGCAUCAGCUGACAAAGUACGCGUAUGGAUACUGGAAACCGAAUAGCAGCAGUUCUCCGAAUGCAAAUGCCGACAUUUCAUCGGCAUCAGAAACGACACUCUUCGGAAUAUCCGCGAACAAGAAAAUGCCGAUCUCAGUGUUCGUCGAGAUGAUUCUGAAUCCGGAGAAUAUGAAUAUGGAGAGACUUACUCCGGUCGUAUUCAAGAAAGCACGAAUUGAACUAAAACGGACUUCUUCUGCUCUCGACGCUGCCAGCAAGCUCCUCCCUUACAAUUACGAUCUUGCGCUGGUUCUUGAAGAGAUUCGGUUGGUCACCGAGUUGAUGGUACUUGUGAGCAGAUUGGGGCAGUACAUGUGUGUCUACGGGACACAUCCGAUUGAUAGAAAGAAAAGCUUCGAAGAAGGACUGCCGUACUCACCGGGGCGGGUCGGAGUCAUUAACCUGCCUGCGCCGAUUCGAACUGACUUGGCCAACACGUGAGCUCCCUCAACGAGUGCAGUUUACACUACUUCUUUUCAGAAUGCUUCGUGUUCGUGGACAGUUCCAGCACGUCUGGCUCUCCCGAUCAAUCCCAAGCACUCUCCAAAAUGCACUCAAAAUGUUCGAUAACUUGUUCAGAGCUUUAUUGCCUCACGAUUUACAAGAGAUGGGUAAACAACUACUGUGA